AUGUUUGGUCACUGGAAAGUGUGUUGGGGCCCUGCCAGGGUGUACUUAAGCACCUUGUUUGGGCGCUGCGGCGCUGUUAGGACGUAUUUAGGCGCCUUUCUGGCGCUGGAGUGUGUGUUGGGGCGAGGAGGGGGCUUGAGGUGGAACCAGGGCGCCGGAGACGUCCGAGGAUGUGAAGGGGGAGGAUGGGAGAGCGCCCUGGACCGAGGGGAGUAUGCGGGGCGCAUGCCAUCUGACGCCAUUUACAAGGUCUUUGCGAGUCGGGUUGCGGACAGGGGCGGGAUUGGCGGGCCGCCUGGCGGCGGUAUCGGGAGAGCUGGAGGGCUUGGGAUGAGUGGGCGGUCGUAA